UUUACGAGAAACAAUGUAAUUAUUCCCCCCAAGCACAUCAUCUUCCACGAGUAUAUAUUCUCUCAUCCCCGCCCAGAACCAAGGCAUAAAUCAUCCUAGUAACCAAGCCUUCAGAUCCAACAGUCCUACCAGAGAUCAAAGCAUCGGGGCCAACCACCAAGCAUCAUCACUCAAAAAUGGCUCCAGCCACUCCCCGCGCAGGCCUGUGCCUCCUCUCCCUCCUGGGCCUGGUUGGCCUCGCCUCCGCCGCCUUCAGCCCCUUCGACUUCCACUGCUCGCCGGCCUGCCUCUUCGGCAGCAUCUUUGGCCUCAUGGUGGGCCUUGCCGUUGUCGGCCUGCUCAUCGGCUGGGGGAUCGCUUGGUUCAUGCGCAGGCGGCUAGACCGUCUUGAGGCGACUAACUCUGACCUCGAGCUGCAGGCAGUCUGA